AUGUUGACUUUCGGCCAAGCCAGCGAGAGCAGCCCGUCCGUGGCGUACUUUUUUGCUGGCUGUAUAGGAGUCACCCUGUACAAUGCCGUGGAAAUUAUUGUUCUAAUCUUCGCCACCUUCAAGAGAUACGCCGGAUGGUAUUUCUGGAGUCUUUUGGUCGCGAGCCUUGGCCUGAUCGUCACCACUACCGGCUUCUCGACCUACUUCUUCAACAUAACCCCGAAUAAGUUCGUUCAAGGUGCUGUGACCAUUGUCGGAUGGUGGGCCUUCAUCGUUGGACAAUCGCUCGUCCUGUGGUCACGUCUUCAUCUUGUCCUCCAGAGCCGGCUUAUCCUUCGCGGUGUUCUGGCAAUGAUCAUGGUCGAUGCCAUCGUCCUUCUUAUUCCCACGACGGUGUUAUCGCUCGGCAACAAUGUCGAUCCCAUUCCGGAGCCGUUCACACGCGGAUAUGGCGUCAUGGAGAAUAUACAGAUUACUGUAUUCUGCGUGCAGGAAUUCAUCAUAUCGGGGCUCUACAUCUGGGCAACGGCCAAGCUCCUGGCAUAUACGGCGGAAAGAAGGAAACGGCGAUUGAUGGCAGAACUCAUCACCAUGAAUGUGGUUCUCGUACUCAUGGACUUUGUUCUGAUGGGCGUCCAAUAUGCAGGCUUUCGAAUCCUCCAAAUUGUCCUCAAAUGCUUUGUGUACAGCAUAAAGUUGAAGUUCGAACUCGCAGUUCUGGGCAGAUUGACAGCUUUUGUCCAAGAUCACCAAGAUCAGGUGCUGGAUUCAGAUAUGACAUAG